AUGAGAUUCCUGGAUAGAGAGAAGAUGGGGUGGAAGAGAUUUGUGUUGAUGGUUGUGGCGGCGGCGUGGAUAAUAGUAGGCAACCUGAGCUGUGUGGAGUGUCUGCCUCACCGGAUUUUGUUGGAUACCGAUGCCGACACCGAUGAUUUAUUUGCGCUCUUGUAUCUUUUGAAGCUUAACAAAUCAGAAUUUGAUUUGAAGGGAAUAAGCAUUAGCUCAAAUGGAUGGAGUGAUGCAGGACAUUCUGUGAAUCACAUAUAUGAUUUGCUUUAUAUGAUGGGGCGCGAUGAUAUUUCUGUUGGUGUGGGAGGAGAGGACGGAAUACUUGACGAUGGUACCAUUUUACCAAAUGUAGGUGGAUAUCUACCUAUAAUUGAGCAGGGAGUUGGUACAGUUGGAUAUUGUAGAUACAGACAAAGUAUUCCUGUUGGGCGUGGGGGACGUUUAGACGUGGACACAAAUUUUGGCUUAAGAAAGAGGUUCCUCCCUCAGGGAAAGAGAAGAUAUUGGCCACUUGAGCAGCCCACAGCUCAGCAAGUAUUGAUGGACACAAUUUCUGCUGGGCCGACCACUGUUUUUAUCAUCGGAGUCUCUACAAACUUGGCUAUGUUUCUCAUGAGCAAUCCUCAUUUGAAACAAAAUGUAGAGCACAUAUAUGUGAUGGGUGGCAGUGUGCGAGCAGCUGGGCAAGGAGGUGACAUUAUUGGAAAUAUCUUCACUGAUUUAGCUAGUAAUCCUUAUGCAGAGUACAACAUUUUUAUGGAUCCGUUUGCUGCAUACCAGGUUAUUCAUUCUGGAAUUCCAGUUACUCUUGUUCCAUUGGAUGCCACAAACACCAUUCCCAUUACUGCAGAAUUCUUUGAUAACUUUGAGCGCAAUCAACACACAUAUGAGUCACAGUACAUUUUCAAGUCCUUGAAAAUGGCCCGCGAUACUGCCUUUGCCAAUGAUGAUCAAUUCUACGCGAACUACUUCAUGUGGGACGUAUUUAUGUGUGGUGUAGCUACUUCAAUUAUGAGUAAGCAGGCACAAAAUGGUGAAGGCCAAAAUGAGUUUGCAGAAAUGAAGUACAUGAACAUUACUGUAAUCACCUCGAACAAGCCCUAUGGUGUGUCUGAUGGCUCUAAUCCAUUGUUUGAUGGUCGCAAGACUCCAAAGUUGAGGCUAAGCAGAAAUGGUUGUCAUAGUGGACAUGUUCAGACUGGUCUACGUGAUCCAUUUUGCCUUGUCAAAAAUGGCACUGGAAAAUGCACAGAUGGGUAUACGGUGAUGACAGAGGGUGAAGAAGGUGUGCCUGUUCUCGUUGCAGUAAAAGCAAAACCCAACCCUGAUGUUAACAGCCCAUUAAACAGAGCCUUCUAUAUCAACUUUUUGGAUGUAAUAAACCGCAAUGAACAAAGUAGCAGGUUCAGUUUUGCAACAGAAUAUCAUCCUUAUAGCUAUGAACAAGUAGUUUACAAACCAGAUGUUUGGGGAAAAGAUGUUGUGUUUGACAUGGACAUGAGUGCUGGAGACUUCCUAGCUCUCUUUUAUCUUCUUAAACUUCCUGUGGAAGAUAUGAAUCUCAAGGCAAUUCUGGUGAGCCCAACUGGUUGGGCAAAUGCAGCAACAAUUGAUGUAAUCUAUGAUGUGUUACACAUGAUGGGUCGUGAUGACAUUCCCGUAGGCCUGGGAGAUGUAUUUCCAAUGAACAUUGCAGAUCCAAUCAUCCCUAAAGUUGGAGACUGCAAGUAUCAAAAGGUUAUCCCACAUGGUAGUGGUGGAUUUAUUGACUCAGAUACUCUAUACGGUUUAGCUCGUGAUUUGCCUCGUAGCCCUCGGGGAUAUACAGCAGAGAAUUGUGUGAAAUAUGGAGCUCCAAGAGAUACUGAUCACCCUGAACUACGACAACCUCUUGCAUUACAAGUGUGGGAGUCAGUGGUGAAAUCUCUUCAUCCCAAAUCCAAGAUUACCAUUUUGACAAAUGGUCCACUGACCAACAUAGCAAAGAUUGUUGGUGCUGGUGAGAAUAUGUCAUCUGUUAUCCAGGAAGUAGUAGUUAUUGGGGGUGGGGGGCACAUCAACUUUCUACCUCCAGAGGCAGAACUCAAUUUGUUUUUGGAUCCUUUGGCUGCAAAAACACUUUUCUCUUCAAAACUCAAUAUCACUCUCAUUCCCCUUGCCACACAGCGCAAACUUACUUCAUUCCCUCAAAUCAUACACACACUCAUUCAACACAAAACUCCUGAAGCAGCCUUUGCUAAACGUCUGCUGUCAACACUACAUCACUUGCAAAUGAAGCAUCCCAGAUAUCAACACACGGGAAUAUUUGUUGGGGAAAUCCUAGGAUCAGUACUUGUAGCAGGCGAUGUUUCUGCCUUGAAACCAAAAUUUGCCAUCAAGAAAAUCAAAGUAUCUGCAACAGGGCAAGUGGUUAUUGAUGAAAAGCAAGGCAAAGCGGUGAAGGUGUUGGAAAAUGUGGAUGCAUUGGCUUACUAUCAUCUCUUCGCGAAUACGCUAGGUCACAAGAAACAGUCUACUGUGGUUGGAAGCUUUUUAGGGCAAAUUUUAUUGUUCUUUUGGUUGUUGUUAUUACUAGUACUACUUCACAUAAAUAAACGCAGGUCAUUAAUUAUUUAA